AUGAUGUCCUGUGGCCGCAGACUCGCGACCUUUGCGUCGGCUACCCCGCGCUUUGCCGUCCGCGCCUACUCCUCCACCGUGCCUCGUCUGAACGGCAGCCCCGUCGCCAACGACCCGACCCCGCGGAAGCCCUCGCCCAAUGUCUCCGCUACCAAUGCCGAGCCUACCGACUCCUUCGGCCGUCACGAUGGCACCCUUCAGGAGUCCCCCGAGGUUGGCGAGCGUAUCCGCAGCAUGCAGGCUCCCAACCGCGCUACCACCUGGGCCUCCAACCAGCAGCCGCGCGAGCAGGCCAUGGUUGGUCCUCGUUUCGAGCAGACCAUCAUGGAGACUCAGCCGCAACCAUAUGCCGCUAUCGAUCUCAUUCACAGACAGCAUGUUCGCUGGACAAAGUCCAAGGUCGUCAGCUGUGACGGUGGCGGUGGCCCUCUCGGCCACCCCAAGGUCUUCAUCAACACCGACAAGCCCGAGAUUGCCACUUGCGGAUACUGCGGUGUUCCCUACGCUCACGAGCACCACCGUGCUUACCUCAAGUCCCUUCCCGCCACCAGCUACCCCCUCGAGCCCACCAAUGAUGCCGCCGACGUCAACGAGGCCCAGCGUGUCACAGAGGGUGGUCUGGAGCAGCGAUAA